AUUAAAUGCACUCCAUAGUUGGUUGAACCCUCAGUCUCGCUCCUUUGGCAAUAUUAGUGUAUUUUGGCCAGCAGCUAUGGCUGCGUUAGGUUCUUCACUCCUCAGACAAAGACAUCUACAUCACGGCCGGGUCGGCAUAAUGCUGCGCCCAGUAAUCGUUGCACAGCUUGGACUUAGGUCGAUUUUGCGGCCGACACAGGCUAUUGUUUGCCCGAUGAGGGUUUACACGCGGAAAGGGUCGGCGUUUCCACGAAGACACCGACGUAGCGGAAGGCAGCUCGUUGUGCGAGCUGUAGCCAUGGUUAAUGUGGAUUUUGCAAGUCCAUCGCUUUUGCUCGGUACCAUGUUGAUUGGGUGCGGAGUUCUCCUCCUCAAUCUUCGAAAUUUCCAAAACAAGGUAUCGCGAGACGCAGAUAUUGUUGUGGCGGCGAUGGUCAGCAUUGUUGGCAGCACGCUCAUCUUCCAGGGUUGGCGCCUGGAUCCCCUUCUGCUCCUCUGCCAGGCAUUGACCACAUCGGUUGCCUUCUGGUAUGGGCUGGAGACGUUUCGGCUACGGUCAAAGGAGGCGGAUACGCCGCCGCCGCAACUACCGCCAGGCGUCGGACCGCCAGAUGCCGCACCGCAAGAUUUCCUACAGCAAGCCGCUGCCGCAGCAGCGCAACAGCAGCAGCAGCAGCAGCAACAAUAUUACCAAGCCGGCCCGGGGUUCCCGCCCCCUGGCUCGGGAUUGCCGUACCUGCCGCCCGGGAACGAGUCGUACUACCCAUGGGGAAACCCGUCGGACGCCGCGGCGUCGACGUCAGACCAAGCGACCGGACCGUACGGCGAAACCAUCCAAUACGACUAUUACGGCAAUCCCAUCAUGCAGCAGCAGCAGGAACCAGUGUACAGUGGCAGGGGUUACAGCAAUGUAACGUUCGGGGGGGCAAUGUACGGCGCGCCCGGGGAUCCGUACAGCCGCAUAGGGGAGGGUAGCGACAGCGCGUACGGCGGUAGUGGCAUGUACGGCGCUGCUGGCGCUCCUGAAAGCAGCGGGUAUGACACGAGUGGCUCGACUGCAGGGAGCCCGGGGCCGUCGUACGCCGGUCCUUUUUCCGGCCCGGCGGCGCCGCCGCCACCACCUGGCGUGUCCCAGACGUCCGCACAGCCUUUUGACGGCUCUGGGCCUGGGGCCCCGGGGCCUCUUGGGCCUUAUGGGAGGACACCGGGGUUUCUGUACGACAGAGGUUUCGGCGCAGGCUCCUUGUCCGACGGCGGGCCCUGGGGUCCCGAUGCAGCUCCUCCGGCGGCGGCGGCGGCGGCGGAAGGGGGAGCUGCUGGCGGGCAGCAACCUAGCGGCGGCGUUAGCGGCAGUGGUAUUGGCGGCGGCGGUGUCGCGCGGGGGAGAGGCGCCAGCCGUCUCGAGUUGUACGAACAACAGCAGCACCACGUGGUGGCAACCGGCAACCAAGCAUUGCAGUCAGUCGUGCAAUGGAUGGCCCAGUUGCGGCCUCUCCGCCUUUUAGGCAACAUGACCAUCAUCAUGAUCAUCAUCGUGCAGCUGGCCAACGCAGCGUUGUUGCUAAGUACACGGCCGCCAGGUUGCGAUCCCCUAAUCAUCGCGCCGCCACUGCAAGCUGCCUACGCGCACCACCGCGCAUCCGCCAACUACAUGCUCUCGUACCGCCUUCAGUUCAGCGGGCCGUUGAUGCGGCCACUUGCUAACACCACUGCCGCGAGGCCGUUACGCGCAUGUUAUCGCCCAUGGAGUCGAGAGUUAUAUGCUUAUUUGUCCGAAAUGAUGAGCGUCACAUCCUAUUAUCGUGCUACUUCAGGCGCCCCAUCUAAGCAAAUGGAUGAUAAGUGCCGGCGACUCCUUGCCUCUGAUAUAGGAGCAGAGGAGAGCCAACUCAAGCAGGCUGAUUCAUUCUUCGUGAUACCAGGGUUUGUCCACCAGUCGAGCCUCAUAUCGGAAGGUAGCGCUGAGUCUGGGUCAUCAACGUCCGGACGUUGCCUGCACUGCACUUCUUUGCCGUGGAUUGAGGGACGGAACGCAAGGCAGUGGUCAGCCCAUGGACUUUCGGUGCCCUCCGAAAGCAUUCCCCAGCUUGACGUGGAGGUGUAUAGAUUGAAGAUGAUGACAUUUGCUACUUACCUAAAUGUUUACCUUUUUUCUGUUUUACAUGCUUUUGCUGCUGCUGCCAGCUGGGUGCAGCUCUCAGCAAGCAGCAUGUUGACCACAUGUCCCCCGUUGAACAUGGGGCAAACGGGGGUUAAAGCAGGCGGCAGAGGAAAUUUCAAAGUGACAGCGCGCACAUGUGUGGCUCUUUGCGUCUCUGUGUGCGGGCAUUCAGUCGAAAGAAUUAAGCAGUAUAAAGCCGAUGAGAAGCACGACAUGCGCGAUGUCGUCCGAUUUGCG